AAAACAGACAGCCGGCAGGUUUCACUCGAGUCUCUGGACCAGGUUUAAAGUCUGUCAGACUGAACCACUGACUGAUAUAGGUGGAUACAUUCAUGGGUGGAGCGUCAAAAAAAGGCUUCAAUAAGAAACAUUCUGUGAGCUUGGUAUCUGUUCAUUUUCUAAAAAGAACAAGAAGGAGAAGGAUGGGUAUCUACUCCUCAAUCCCUGCAGGUCCUCCACUGAGGAUUGUAAUGAUUGGGAAAACUGGAGUUGGAAAGAGUGCCGUGGGUAACACCAUUUUGGGUAGAAAUGGUUUCCAUUCUGCGGCGAGUGCACACUCUGUGACGCAGAGCUGCCAGAUACAGGUCUGCAACAGGGGGAGAAAGGUGGAAGUGGUCGAUACACCAGGGAUUCUUGAUACGGCAAAAAAUGCAGAGAGCAUAAAGAAAGAGAUUGCAAAGUGCAUCCAGGUGUCUUCUCCCGGCCCCCACGUCUUUCUGCUGGUCAUCCAGAUCGGCAGGUUCACCAAAGAAGAAGAAAACAGUGUGAAAGCCCUGGAGGAGAUCUUCGGACCUGAGGCGUCCAAGUACAUGAUCGUUCUGUUCACACGUGGCGAUGAGCUGCGGGGCCAAACCAUUCAGAGUUAUGUGCAGUACGGUCACUCCAAACUCCAGGAGGUGAUCAAGAGGUGUGGUAGCCGGUACCAUGUCUUCAACAACAAGACAAGGUGUAACAGAACCCAAGUGGUUCAGCUGAUUAACAUGAUCGACAGGUUGGUGGCGGCAAAUGGAGGACAACCUUUUAGUGACGAAAUGUACGAGGAGGCAGAGAAGAUUCUGCAGCAGCAUCCAAAGUACAGAAAACCCAAAGAGGAGGUUUACAACUUCCCCUUCAUGGCUGAGCUACAUGAGAUGGUCAUUCGCUUCCAGUCCGUGCUGACUGCUUUCGACGAACACGACACAACAACACAAGGCCCCCCCAGCACUCCCUCUGAAACAUGAACUUUCCGCGACAAAUUAUUUAACCAGUAAAAGCAUCUUUACUUUCAGUGUUUUUCACCACAUCACAGUGUGUGCCUGAGGACUUUUAAACACGUUGAAUGCAGUUUCUGCAAGUAUUUUGAAACAUUCAAUAUUAACUAGCUGGAUUGCGGCUCUCUUCUGUAAAUGACUGUCACCUGUUGUCGAUUAGCAGAUUAACAUGAAAUGAUCAGCAGGAGUGUACUCCUCCACUGGCGUAGAUUGUGGGUCUACAAUACACAAACAACUUUUGUAAAAACAUAGCACCAAUAAUAAAUCAUUCUAAUAGAUUCAUGGGAAAUGGUGCUGACUUUAAAUUCAGUUAUGGUGUGACUAUACAGUAUUUCAUGUUUUGGUUUUAAGUUUGU